UUCCAUUUUCAGUUUGAGUCUGAUAGUAGCAGUGGAUGUAUUUUACUGUUGUAUUCUGUGAUAUUGUCCAGGUCAAUACGAAAGUAAGUGAUGCUCUAGUAAAUGAUAUUUAAACCUUUAAGCCCUAAUAUUCACAUACAAAUUCUUCAAACUAAUACUAGAUAUUUCCUCAAAGAAUUAGUUGAGAGAAUGUGAUUAAAAAAAUCAAAGCAUUUUCCUUUAAAUGAUCAUUUCCUUAAUUCUCAUAACCUUUAGUCUUGAUUUUGUAUUGAUAUCGUGAGGAGAAAGUUGAUGUUGGUCACUCUUGGAACUGAUGGUUAAAUGAAUAAAUAACAAUGUAUGAUUUAGAUGUGGCGUAUCACAAAGUGGUUCUUCGUCUAUUACUCCUGAUAAGGAUUGUCAUUUAGUGCCGGGGGCCUGGCAUUUCCCCCGGCUGUUAUGAGUAAAACCCCUGGCCACUUUCUUAGGACAAAAAUGGAAUUAGAACCAAAAGAACCUCCUAGCUGUUAAAUCCCCGCCUUCCAGUAAGUGCAUAUGCACGGUACAUUGCUUAUCUUGUGACUUACGUUGCAUCUCAUGCUGGCAUUUUGAGCUGAUCUCUGCGGAUCAGGUGUUUUAUUCCAAUCUUUGCGGAUUCUGGCUCCCACCCCCUCCCUCCCCUUUUUGGGUUUCUCCGUUGGUAAGUAUGGGGUCAGGUGAAUAUUUUCCACUGAAUUUCCUUCAGUGUGACGGUGCCAGUUAGCGGCGGCAUGCAGGGGUGGUUCCCGCUUGCAGGGUUGCCAUGGAUACCUCCUUGCUAUGUCUGAGGCGCUCAGGCUCCCGUCCAACCAUUAAGGCACCAGUUCUCAAGUUCAUCUAUUGGCGAUGAGUUUAACGGCAAAUAGUUGACUAGGGGCAAAGAAGUAUCAAUGUCAGUAGAAAUCGAGAGUAAGCCUUUGUGUUAUAAUUUCGAGAAAAAUAAUCUGCUAGUAUUAUAUUGCAAGUUUAAUGUAAGGGAGCUUCUGGUGAUUUUUAUCAAGUAUUUAGUGGCCUUAAACUUUUCUUGUUGUUGUUGUUUAAGAGUGAUAUCUGAUAUGGAUGAACCUCAAGGCAGGCUGAUGGGUGCUCACGGCUACUGCACGCAGGUUAGAUUUUCAAUGCAGUACCUGUAUACUACAAUCUUUUUCAUUUACGGGUAUGGAUCAAUCUGACGACGACGACCAGGAUGAUGAUGAUGAUGAUGAUGAUUUCCCCGACGUUAAUCUUAAAUGGAAUGGAUAGUCUUUGUAGGUUAUGCCUUCGCGUGCCUAUUUAUUUUAAUAGAAUGUUCAAUAUUAUAAUUUUUUGUAUGUCUGCUAACACCAUUCUUAGCACAGUUUUCCCAGGUGCGGUGGUAAGGUGUUCCCUUAGUCCCUUAAUGUAUCAUACAAGUGUUUGUUACUUUGUUUGGUUGUCUGUUUCCGUCUUUCUUUCGUUCUUUCUUAAUAGCUGGAAUUUCGUCCAGUUUGAGCUUCUUUUUCAUUAAUUGCAGCAAAAGUCUCAUUCUCGUUCUUAUUACAUGUAUUGUCCUUUACAGGAACUGGUGAACUUGUUAAUAACUGGAAAGGCUGUCUCAAACACAUUCGAUAACAUCAUGGAAGUUGAUACAGGGGGUUCGAAAAAGGCGUAGUAUUUAAGACGAUGUCAUGAAGGAUAUUUUUUAUCAUGGUUAAUGUGUUUAAAGGGUUCCGUUUAUCGUUUGUCCCAAGAUUGUCACUACUGAUCGCUACUUACUUAGGUCCUCGUCAGGCGAUAAAGUUGAUUUCCUGAGUGAGACUGUUUGUACCCCACCCCCAUGGUUGUUAAUGAUUCGUGUACAGUCACCUCCGUUUUACGGACACCUCGCUAAUUCGGGACACUUUCUAUGGCUCCCUUAGUGUCUGUAUUCACGCGGUUUGGCUGUAUCACGCACCUAAAGCGAUUUUUACUGAUAUGUGAAAAUUUUCCUUGUCCUCGGAGAAAAAAAGCCCUUACUUUUUCUCUUAAUUCUACCCGUGUAAUACGAACACCCCGUUAAUACGGACACUUUCUAUGGCCCCCUUAGAGUCCGUAUGUACGGGGUUUUACUGUAUCACGAACCUAAGACGAUUUUUACAUGUGACAGUUUUCCUUGUCCCUGGAGAAUGAAGGCCCUGAGAUUUUUCUUAAUUCAACCCUCUUAAUACGAACACCUCGUUAAUACGAAUACUUUCUAUACCCCCCUUAGAGUCCGUAUGUACGGGGUUUCACUGUAUCACGAACCUAUUAAAGAUUAUUUUCACUAAUAUGUAAAACGGAAUUACAACGAUUCAAUGUGAUACAACCCCAUCAUCUCGAGAAUAUCUGAAGGAAUUCCCCUUAUUCUCUGCAACUGCUGAUGCCUCUUAGUUUCUUUAAACAUUCUGUUUAAUCUUUCGACGUGAACGUAUAUAGUAAGGUUUUUUGCUUCCCUAUAGAUGCUAACAUUUACCGAUUUUUUUUUUUUUUUUAGAAUGUCUUCAAAGGGAUAGAUAAACAAAGUGAGAUCGGGUUUCUGUCCUUAUUUGAACAUUACAAAUCAUGCGAGGUUGGUGAUGACUAGAGAUAUUAGCGAGCUUAAGCAACGGUGACGGCGACGGCGACGGCAACGAGGACGGGAAAAAAACAAUAGGUUUAGAGCCUGUUUACAUGGAGGUGGGGGACCCCAGGUAGCGGACGUAACCCGCUUAGGUCGGGUAACCCACCUCUCCAUAUAAUCUCCCAUUUUAAUUUGAUCACGUUUACAUGAUAGGUGGGGUGACCCGCUGCAUGUUACCUCACCUAUCUGGAGUCCCCCACCGCCAUGUAAACAGACCCUCAGAUUGGCAAAACAAUACGCGUUUUUGUGCAUUUCCUUGUCGUCGUCAUACGACUACACCGUGAAGGUGCCUAAUUUCACGUUUUGUCGAGGACGGAAACACGCGACUUUCUUUUCCUGAACUUUGAUACAGUCCUUUAGAAUUCAACCACAAAAAAAUUUGCCAACAUUUAAAUAAUAAUAAUAAUGAGUCCUUAUUUCAUCAAAAGAUAAAACUGCAUAUCUUAUGUUACAAUAAUACGGAAGAUAAAAAACUAUGAUAAAAAUAUCUACGUAUAUUAAAAAAAAGUUUGUGAUUACAAUAAAUUGAGCUUAAAAAUCAUCCUACUUAUACCUUGCGAGCAGAGGCUACAUUUUCGCGGUAAUAGCUGGCGUGCGAAAAGUAGCUACUUUUCGCACGCCAGCCCAUACCGCGAAAAUGUAGCCUCUGCUUGCAGGGUAUCCUAUUUACAAAGGUGUUCAUAAAACGCUCUGUAUUAAUUUUCGGGCGUGCGCAACCUUUUUUCCUGAGAUUAUGUACAUAAGUCUUCUGGACAGGAAUGAUAUCUGUCAGUGGUGGGAAAUCCGUUGAUAUUAAUUUCUUUAAAAUGUUUCGGUCUGGUUUAUUUGAAAGGUUUUUUUUUUUUUUAAAAAACUGGAACUGAAAUAAAACGGCGUUGACGAGUUAAACGAGGUGUUAUAAGCGCGAUAAAAUUUGAGGCAACGCGAAUUCACUUUUGAAGUGACUUUUUCGUAGUCGUUGCCGUCGUUGUUGCUUAAGCUUCCUAUUUCUCUGUGUAGAGAGGAAAGGGUGGGGAGGGGGGGGGCGUGAUCAAAGGGCCGGGAGGUGCUUACCUACUGUCACCGUCUUUAGGCAGUUUAAGCAGCGACAUUUUUGAGCGACGCAUGUCAACCGGAAGUGAACCUUUUUUCUUGCAAUAUGCCUUGACACUACCAAAUUUGUUGUAUUGCUAUGUGUCUUUUCUCUUAUGUGUUGAAAAUCACGGCUCAAGAGUGCAAAAAGCAUACUUCCGGUUGACGUGCGUCGCUCAAAAACGUCGCUGGUUAAAGUCCCUUUUAUGUUUCUGCACACCUCCAAGGCUGCUUCCUGUUCCUCCUUUGUACAAAUAUUAAGAGAGUCUUAGUGGAACAGAACUCGUUGUUCUUCUUUAAUACAUUGAGGCAAACCUUAGGGCGGAGCUCCCGUCCAUAAUAGUCGACCUUGGAAAUGAAAAGACUGUUAGACGUUUUCGCAACCGUCGCCGUCGCCGUCCUUGUUGCUUAUUGCAGGCAUUCAAUCGUCUGGAUAGAGCCAAGCUCUGUAGAUAGGCUGGUUGACUUACGUUGGUUUGUAACGUCCCGAGUAGAAAAUAAAGGCGACUGAAACAAUCCAGAUUAUUAUAUGGAAAUCAGGCUUAAGGUUUAACCCUUUAUCUCCCACGAGUGACCAACAUUAAUUAUCUCCUAACAACAUCAGGAGAUCAUCAAGAGUGAAGGUUAUGAGAAUUAAUAAAGCCAUCACUUAAGUGAAAAUGCUUUGAUCUUAAAUCAUAUUCUCUCAACUUGUUUUUCAAGAAAAUGUAUGGAGAUCAUUUUGGAGAAUAUUUAUGUUGAUAUUGAGACUUAAGGUUUAACCGGCGUGUAGUUCAAAGGAGCAGUUUUGCUACCCUGCAGAACAGGCGUUAUUUUUCGCGUUUUUCAGGCAUGCGCGAAGCGGGCGUGGAACACGAGACAGUGUGGCGGUGGAAGGCGCAGAAAUUGUUUCUUUAUUAUUAUUUUUCCGCGCUUUUCCCUGUCGCGCUUGUUUCGCGUUCCACGCCCUCUUAGACGCGAAAAAAAGCUCCCGUCCUGCGUGCUACAGUUGUACUGACAAAAGAAACAAAGAUAAAACUGCGGUGAUAAACAUAAGGAAAUAUAAACGCAUUUUUGUUUAUCACUGCAGUUUGCUUUUUGUUUCUUCUUCAGCUUAGAUGGCCAAAAAACAUGAGUAUCAACGAUGUACUGACAGACUUCAUCAUCUCAUUUGUCACAGGUUGGUGUGAAUUACAAGACUCCCAAUUAUCCUAUUUGGGUGAUAUGCAGCGAGAGUCACUUCAGUGUCUUGUUCUCUAUCGACAGAAACCUUUUGGACGAUAGUGACUCGUAAAUGUCCGUGUUUACUCGAGAGACGGAUUAUCCGUUCGAGACGGGUCAGGUGGAUCCGUUGGAUAAUUCGCGUCAGACAGAUAAAAAUUAAUACGUCUAAAUCUGAAAAUGGAACGGUCUUAAUUUUGGAUGGACAAUCCGCCUGACUUUAUCCAUCUGUAUUUCCGUCAAUUUUGACGGAUUUUCAAGAUGAAUUAUCCGUCUCCAGUGUGAAAACAGCCAUUGAUACCAGCCAAUUAACGGCAUUUGAACUUAUCUUUAGCCUGUUUUGCUCUUCCUAAAGACUUGUAUUCUUUGAUGUUGUCACUAAAAGCCAUUUAUGUAGUAAUAAGGAGUUUUAUUCCUUCCGUUUUAUUAAAAACACCGAUGGUGUAAAAGAGAUACUACGUCCUGGUCACUUGUAGUGCUUUACCGAAGGGUUAGAAAAUUACUUCUAUCAGCGAUCAGUUUACAAGCAAAUAAUGAUGGUCUGAGACCAACUGUAUGAAGGAGUGGGAAACUGUCCACCUACCCCUCCCCUAAACCAACAUUAACACUUACUUCUGACUUAGGAAAAAAUGUUGCCUUAGGGGAAGGGUAGGUGGGCAGUCUCCCAGAAACGUAUAAUGAUCGGAUCAAACCGUGCAAACUCAGAGGCAACGUUUUGGUAUUGAGGUUUCUGGGUUACUGACCACCUACCCCUCCCCUAAGUCGACGUUAACUUUUAUUUCUCACUAAGGGCAAAAUUCUUACAUAGGGGAGAGGUAGGUGGUCGAAGCUUUGGGCACCUCCAAGGGAAAUUGGACCCGGAGUACUCUUGUUAGACGCUUAUACUAAGCUUAGCAAGCCAUGGUGCCCACACGAUCGAGGCUUCUCCCAGUCUCUUUAGUAUGAGAAACCUGGGUGUAAUGCUUUCCUCCCCCGCAUCUCCCCCGCUAGAAAAGGAAUCGUCUGCAUGUAGGCUAUGAAAGGGUUACCGCUAGCAGGAUGUCGCCAGGUUCCGUUAAUACACCUGAGUGAGGAGAGACCACGUUACGGAAUGAACGCGAUGGCAGGGCUUGAACCCCGAACUACGGAUCCGAAGCCAGAGGUCCUUGCAGGCCGGAAGUCCUAAUCAUAAUUGUUGAAACACUCGCGGAUUUGUUCAGUGUUUAUACAAAAAAGUCCAAGCAAUCUCUUGAAACCAACACUGGGACAAGGAGAGCUCAAGGGAAUCAGAGCGUGUAUUCGUGGAAUGACUUGGUUUAUCUUGUUUUUUCAAGAUUAUGAUAAUUUCAAGUGAUAGUCAUUGCAGGAUUAGAUGUGUGUAUAAUGUGCUAUCUAACUGCAAUAUAGUAGUCAGCGUAGGCUAGCGAUUGAUUGAUUGAUUGAUUGAUUGAUCGAUUGAUAUAUUAACUGAUUGACCAAUUGACUGUUGAUAUACACAGGAGGUUAGAGAAGAAGUUUGACCUUUAUUACUAUGAUGGUCUGGCACGGCAGGAUGAGGAGUUAAGAUUGACAGUUGGUGAGCAAGCAUUACUUCCUGAAACUGUCGUAGUGUAACUUAUAUGGUCUUGCUUGGGUACAUAGCUGUUACAGGCUAGGUAAUGACGUAGGAAAAAGGUAUUUCAAGUUCAUGAAAAAGUCAAGGAAGUUAUUUUGAGUCAGGAUAAAUUAAAAUUCUGCAGAAAUGCUAAGGGCAAAUUGAAAUUAUAAAACCACUGGUUUAAUACCAUUUACGUUUGCAAAAACGUAUUUCACGCUCAUUCAAUUUCAGAAGUGUCUUUCGUUAAUGAAAUUACGAUAGCGUCCCUGUGUUAUGAAUGACAUCAUCCUAUUUCAAUUGAAAAAGAUAAGCAGGCGUUUUGCAAAUAAAACAAGAAGAAAGAAAAGAAAAAAUCAACACUAUGAAAGCGUUUUACAAAGUUGCGUUUUAGGUGCCGGAAAACGCCGUUUACUUGUGAACUGCCCAAGACUUAAAGGAACAAAAAAAUGGUUUCAAAAAUAUUCGGAUACGUGUGCACGGAGCCUGAAAGUAAUUUCAUCUUUCUCUUGAUAAAGAUACAACAAAAGAAUGCCCAGAAUACAAGGACACUGAUCUUGUGCCUCCACUGGAACACUGCAUACGAACAAGGUGAGACCACGUGACAGAGUUCAUUGUCAGAAAAGUGGCCUUUUGCAUUUGGCCGCGUGGUAUAAAAACGCCAUCAUAAGAGGCAAGAAAGCUACUUGGACAAGAAAGAGAACGUAAAUUUCCAAAUAAAAUAAUAUAAGGUCUGUUUUUCUUGUCGUCCCACUGCUUUUCUUGCUCUCCAUAGUUUUUGUACAGUACCCCGUGAUUGAUGAGCUUCAAACGGCCCAUUAUGGGAUCAUUCUUUAACACAGAGGUGCAUUUCAAGGCUCAUUUUCAACCAUCAGGCAAUGUUUGGAGUCAUUCAAAUUAAACCUCGUCAGCCCUACUUUCACACUUUUCUAUAUCUUGAGUGUAUAGUUCUAAAUUUUUACGUCUGUGGAUGAAAUCCUAGCUACGGGGGUACCAUUCAAUUGAACCUCUUUAGCAGUACAUGUACUUUCAGAUGUUUCUUGUAAUUUAGUAUGUAUCUGUUACGUUUGAGUCUGUGGACGAAAUUCUACGACGUGGUCAUUCAAAAGAAACCUUUUUAGCAGUACUUUCACAUCGUGAUGGUACUUUUUUUGCGUGUGGUGCUUAGUUUGUCGGCAAAUUCUUAAGGUGUUUUUAUCCAAAAACCUAUUGCUUGCUCGUUAAAGGGGUAUUUGGAGUCUUUUUGGUUACGAAAUGUCUCGUCGUUUUGGGAUUUCCUGUACUGACUUAGAAACAGGCGUGUUUGAUGUUUUUGUUGACGUGUCGGGCUCAAUGAAAGCUAGGCGUAUUUCAAGCACAAAGUCAAGAUAUUUUUGACUGAGUUUCUCGCACGCUGAUUGAUCGAGAGCUAUAUGUUUGAUAAGAGUACAGACCAUGAAAAUGACGUCAUGAUGGCACAAUUUGUUUGUCUCUUUCUCGUGUGCGCGAUUUUCCGAGAAACCUCAACAGAAAUGGACGUCCAGACUGUAAAUGUUAUUGUUGUUUUUUUUUUUUACAAUAACAUGGUCUAUACUCUUAUCGACCAUAGAAAUGACGUCAAAACGUUCAAAACUUUGCAAUGAAACCACUCGCCUGGGGCUUGUGGUUCCAUUUGAGUUCUGAACCUUUUGACGUCAUUUUUAUAGACGAUAAGAGUACAGACCAUGGAAAAUUGUUGUCGAUUUGUUAAAACCAGCUUGCAACAUGACGCAGAAUGCAAUAAUUGGCAUACGAUAAUUCAGCGUCCUUGUCCUAAGACAGUGGUAGACAAUUAAACCCAUGUGUACUUUUUUUUUUUCACUGAUCGUACAGGUGGAAGAAUGCUGUCAUAGACUGGAAUGGAUCGGAACCUAUCUUAUGA